UCUAUAUGAUAGAGAGGUAACAAGUAUAAACAAAUCAAAUUGUUGCAAAAGAUUGAAAAAGGUGUUAGAUGUCAGCAUUUACACCAUCGCGUGUCUAUGCGAGCGUGCAGACCAAGUCUCCAUAUCAUAUAUUCCAAGGACAAUCGAAGGAAAACAUGCUUCCAAGCGCGGGCAACUUUGUCCCAGCCGGUGUUUCCAACUCUGGGGACAAAAGACACAUAAAAGUGACAGCAGUAGGAGAGGUUUCAUUACCCCCGGACCGCUGCAGAGUUACAGUUAAAAUUCACAGUCAGAAAGAUAAUGUCCAAGAUGUGAAGAACAGCAUUCAAAGGAGGCUUGACUACGUCUUACAAACUUUCCAAAAUCAUAACAUUAAGGAGUCAGAUAUGAAAAUACACAAGUCGUUAAGGAGAAGUGCAGCCAUGUAUGACAUGGUCACGGAAGUCAUUGUGGUUUUCAUGGAUUUUCACAAAUGCCAGACAGCUUGCAACCUUCUUGUGGAAAAACUUGAUGAAACUGUCACUGUUGGAAACCCAGAAUUUUUUCAUGCAGGAACAACAUUAGAAACUCUAAGACAACAGGCCAGUCUUCUAGCAGUCCAUAAUGCCAAGCAAAAAGCCCAAGAAAUGGCAACGUUUGUGCACCAGGCCGUGGGGAAACCAAUCUCUAUUCAGGAGGAGGAGUCCAAAGAGUGGGAGGGGCAGGUAGAGGGCGUGGCAGACUUGGAGACACGCCCCUCUAUGCAGCAGGCCAUUGCCUCGGCAACAGUCACUGUGUCCUGUCGGGUCAAUGUGACCUUUGAACUGAAAGGCAAAGUGAAAACAAAAAACAACAAGGACUAUGCAGAGUAAAAACAUUUAAUGCAGUAUUAUUGUGCGAUAAGUUUGAAUUAAAUGCUGUGAUAACAUUUCAGAAAGGAUCCAUAGAAGGACAGAUAGUAUCAAUACUAUAAGAGGGACACAUUAUUUCAAAUGAUUUAAAGUACUUUAGCUUUGCUCAUGCAGCUGCAUUUUAUAUUACAAUUUUUAGUUGGGCUGUUUUCGGAGAAAACCCGAGGUAUUGUCAUAGCCAGCUCGUCCACCGUCCGCGUCUUGCUAAAACUUUAACAUUGGCUCUAAAAUCAAAGUACUUCCACCUACAACUUUGAAACUUCAUAUGUAGCUGCUCCUAGAUGAGUUCUACACGCCACACCCAUUUUUUGGGUCACUAGGUCAAAGGUCAAGGUCACUGUGACCUCUUAAAAAAAAAUCUUGCCACUUACCUUUCUUCCUUUUUUUCAGGCAAGCUUUUAUUUAUUCAAAACUGCACCCACAGCCGGGCGUUGGCUCCCGCUAUGCUGUGCUCUUGUAACUACAUUUUAAUAGUAUAGGAAGACUUUAUGGGGAAGAAAAGUUUUUGGACAGAAAAAUUCACCCUCUUAUUUCAAACAGAUUGUUCCAGUUUUGUUUAUGAUAAACAGUGGUUACCGGUACAUAUUACAUAAUAUUAUGGUAACUCUUACGACAUUUGACAGACGUGUCAAAUUAUUAAAUCAUUGAAAAUAGAAAAUUAUAAUCGAUUUUUUUUUCAAUGUCUUUACAUUAUUUAAUAUUGUAGGGUUAUGAUGUAUGCUUUUCAUAAAUAAUUAGUAGAAGGAAACGUAUUUUUUGUUGAAAUUUGUCCAUGAUGAUUUGUAAAUGAUAGUUUAUAUGUUUUUUAUUACGUUUUCUUAUUGUGAGUUAAGUACCUCUAUAUGAAAUACACACUAGUUAAUCUUUUAUUUACAAGUUUCUGCUUUAAAUUAAUUCAUAAUAUCAUUGAAUGUGUUGUCUUGUAUAUAUCGUGCAUGUAGUAUUUAUUUUAUAACGAUUAUUUCAGAAAUAAAACCACAUCCAAACUUUUAAUGUCAUUCUGCUCGUAUUUAUCUUCAAUGAGGCUUGGUCAUUAUUGAUCUAAUGUUUUGUUUUGAUAAAGCAUCACGAAAAUAUGUGUGAUUAUUACGCUUCACAUGACCAGAUAAUGUAAGCCAUUUCUAAGAAAUUGAAUAAUUUUAGCUGCUGUCUAAUUGUCGAUGUAAUCUAUGGACAUGAAAUCGCUCGCUAGCUAGCGCCAUUGUUGUAUAUUGCUAUGCAUAAGAGUGUCUAAUUGUUGUUUAUUACAUUAUGCAUGAAUGAAUGGAUCUAUAUUG